GAAGCGCUGCUUUUGUUGGCUCUACGAUUGUUUACCGAAUUCGAAUGUUCUUUUUUUUAUUUUUAAUUUUUGAAUUACUUUACUCGGCUUAGAUAGUAAUUUUUUUUUAAACUUCGAUUCGAAUAAACUGGCCGUUUAGAAAACUUGUUCGAAUUUUAAAAAUCCGUCGGUAAGAAAACUUUUUAAAAUCGUAGUGGACAGUGGACUUGUGAUAUAGUGUUGUGACGCGCAAAAAAAUAAUAAAUACGAAAUUAAAAAAUAAAAAUUCGUGAAAUGGUAGCUGAUUUUAAAAUAAUAAAAUAGGUAAGUGAGGUGCAUAGAGAAUGUAACAAGUUUUUUUUUAAACAAUGUGGUGGUGUUGCAAUUAAAAACAUUUGGCAUGUCGAUCGGUUUGGUAGAAUACUUGAAUCGCAUGCACACACAAUCCUGUUCCCCUGGUAGGCCAUGACAUAGCUGGAAUGCAGACUCUAAGGCAGGAGAUAAUCUAAACCAUGGGCUACAAAUCGAACUGGCCAUCAAGAGACAAUUUCUUGCGUUCAAAAAUGAAACAAUAACGAUAUGGCUGGCCGGAGACAAAUUCCCGCGCAAAGAACUGUCAGUGUCAAUGUCAAGUGAGUGAAAAUGGUGACGUUAAUGCCGUGCAAUUACCUCGGCGGUACAUCACCGCGCUGCAGCCUGGAACACAACGAGCCGAAGGCAAAAAGGCCAAGACCUGAUCCAAACACAGAUGUACGAUUAUCGGGCGACAACACAAGUCCCUGUGAAUCCGAAUCGACGUCAGAAUCGCCGCCAUCUUUGUUGCAAGAUGCGACACUUCCCGCGCUUUUAGUGACAGGCGCGUCGACGCUGUUCCAAGCCACGACGUCUAACAGCUCAGCACUCAGUCUAACUGACAGCUUGAGUUUACCACAAGAGGACUGCAGCUUGGCAAAUGGUUGCACGAACGCACUGAGCGGGCUCGCACUACCGCUGACAUCAACGGGCUUGUGUUCCACGACGUCAAGCUCAGCCGUAGCCUGGUUAAUGAAUGACGAUAGUACGGGUGGCGGUGUGAAGAGCGAGGUCCGCAGCCCGGGCCUGUGUGAGGCGGACGCGGCGCUGUACGGCGAGACGCUGCCAUACGACCAGUCCACGCUGCCUUACCAGUAUUACAAUAGCAUGCAGCAAUAUGGCGGCGGAGGUGCGACCUCGUCGUACGUCAGUUCUACGCUCUACAAUCAACCGUACGCGGCCUACCCGCCGCCACAUAACACUAAUAAUAGGUCAUCAUGUAAGGCUACGCCUACGUAUUUGAGUGCGUAUGGUAUGAGUGGCGUGGGCGCGGUGGGGGGCGUGGGCGCGGUGGGCACCAUGCCCAGCACCGGCUUCUCGCAGCCCUCGCCGUACGCGUACUCGUACAACGGGGGACUGGCACAAUCAUUUCCUAAUACACAACAGGUUGUUUCGCUUUUUAAUAUGAAAAAAGAUACAGAAAGUAGUUCUAAAAGAAGAAAACUUAGUGGUAGUAAUGAACGAAGUGUAGACGACAAUUCAGAUUACUGGCCUGAUUCAGAAAGUGAUAACGAAUCUCCAUCGUCAAUGGUACCAGCAAUAAAUGACACAAGCCCACUCUCUCCAAUCAAAAAUGAAGUACACGCAGCCAGUAGGAGAUGCAGAGAGAAUUCUGGCGAGAGCACAGCAAGUAGAUCCCGGGGUCGUGGCAGAAGGAACACAUCGUCAUCUCCCGCACAACAUGUUCCAGAACCUUCUACAGAGAGAGUGUUCAUAUGGGACCUCGAUGAAACUAUUAUUAUCUUCCAUUCAUUACUCACUGGCUCGUUUGCUACUAAGUACAAUAAGGACACACAGCUCAUAGUGCAGUUGGGUUUCAGAAUAGAAGAGAUGAUAUUCAGCUUAGCGGAUGCACAUUUCUUCUUCAACGAUGUUGAGAUGUAG